UAACAGAAAUUGUGUGGCAGCUAGGCAGGAGCGAUCUGAACAGCCUAGGAAAUCCUGUCUCAAGCAACAAGAACAAUUAUAACAAUAAAUGGACAAAUAAGUGGGGAUAACUCGUCCAUCGUUUCAGACAGGCACUAGGGUGCUCACUGUCGUUAUUGGGGUUGUUCUGAGAGGACCUUGUUUUGUAGCCCAGGCUGGCCUUAAGUUUGCAGCGAUCCGUCUGCCUCUGCCUGAAUUUGCCAUGCCUGGUUCACUGUUCAUUUUUCUUUCUUGCUCCCUCCCUCCGUUCUCUUUUAUUAUCUUCUUUCCCUUUCUGCAAGGAUCCAACCCAGGACCCUGAGCUCUCACCACUAAGAUAUAUUCCAGUUCGUUAUUUUAGCACCAGAUCAGCCCUCCCGCUGAACUCUCUGCUCCUUGCCUCUGAGUCUCUCUGUUCCUCUGCUGGAUUCUCAGAUGGAGUGGUCCUCCUACCAGGGGGAUCCUUCCCCGCUUUUUGCCUGUACAUUUGCUCCUUGCCCAUGGCUUUCCGCAACCCAUAGCAGAGAAGAGAUGGCCAUAUCAGGACACAGCCACCAGUUACUGGCCAAAUAACAUGUGACCAGGGACUGACCACUUGGGUAAGGGAGGGAAGAAAAGGGACCGACCGGGCUGCUCUGUGGAGGGCAGAGGCGAGAGUGGAGGGAGAUGCUGAGAUUCAGGGCUCCUCCCUCAGACAGCAAGCUGUCUCAUGGAUGCCUGCUUCAUUCUACUCCCUGGAGUGAGCGAGCCAGGCUCUGCCACAGCAGCUGCCAGCAAAGUGUUCUGAUGGCCAAGCGGGUUAUAGACUGACCUAGGAGGAUCACACAAGGGCCACCACAGUUCCGUCUACGAGCUCUUUGGGAAUGAGUGCUGCCUCUCCACCGGGGACCUAAUCAAGGUCACUCAUGUCCAGCUCCAAAAGGUUGUGUGCGAGUAUCCAGAGACGGGUCAGACGUUGGAGCUCAACCCCAAUUUCACAGGCCUCUUCAGCCCACUCACCAGCCUGCGAAGCUACAGAACCCUGGAGGACCUUGUCUCUGCCAUGCCCCAGAACUCCACCCGGUGGCCCAUUUACUUCAAGUCAACUCAGAGAAUUGUCACCAAGGCCAGUGUGGUGCCUGAGGAUCAGCCCCUCAGACUUGAGGCUGUGGAAAUACACCAUGGGAUCCGCUAUGCGCGCUGCGUCCAGGUCUCAAAGACCAAGGAGCUCCUUCAUCUGCCCCUUUCCCAGAAGGGACCCUUCUGGAGAUGCAAGCCCAGUGCUCCACAAACUCUGCACCAAAUCCUGCAGGACCCAGCUCUGAAGGACCUCACGCUCAGCUGCCCCAGCCUACCCUGGAACUCCGUGAUCCUAAAACCCCAGUAUAUGCUCCAAGCCAUCAUGCACAUGCGCAGCAGCAUCGUCAAGAUCCCGUCUACGCUGGAGGUGGAGGUAGAAGACGUCACUGCUUCCUCCCAACACAUCCACUUCUUCAAACCCUUGCGGCUGAGCGAGGUGUUGGCUGGGGGAGGCCCCUUCCCUCUGACCACGGAGAUCCUGGAGGUUCCUGAGGGUCCGCCCGUCUUCCUCAGCCCGUGGGUGAGCUUCCUACGCAAAGGCCAGAGGCUCUGCAUCUAUGGUCCAGCUUCACCAUCCUGGCGGGUUGUGGCCUCCAGCAAGAGCCGAAAAGUGCCCAGAUACUUCAUGCUCUCUGGGGCCUACCAGGGCAAGCUCAAGCGGAGGCCCAGGGAGUUCUCCACCGCCUAUGACCUUUUGGGGGCUCUCCAGCCAGGCCGGCCCCUCCGGGUGGUAGCCACAAAAGACUGUGAUGGGAAUGAGGAAGAGAAUCCUGACUUUUCUUUCUUGGCUGUGGGUGAUCGGCUGGAAGUGCUGAGGUCAGGCCAGGUCUGUGGGACCAAAGGCCAGGACAUAGAUGUCCUGGUAUGUCAGCGGCUGAGUGAGCAGUCUGGGGAGGAAGAGGAGGACUUGGAGGAGAUCGAGGACGAGGCAGAGGACAAAGAGCAAAUUCUGCUACCCCUCUACCUCUCUGGGAGCUUUGUGGAGGAGGUGAACGACAGCCGACGCUAUAACCUAGUGGAUCUCACGGCCCAGUACUCCCUGCCCUGUGAGGUCAAGGUGGUGACCAAGGAUACCCGUCACCCCACUGACCCCCUGGCUUCCUUCCCUGGCCUGCGGCUGGAGGAGAAGCUCACAGAACCCUUUUUGGUGGUAAGCCUGGACUCCCAGCCAGAAAUGUGCUUUGAGAUCCCUCCCCGGUGGCUGGACCUGACUGUGGUGGAGGCUGAGGGACAGCCAGCCCAGGUGGCUCGGCCGCUGUCCAUCGCUCCGGUGGAGGAACUGUCAGAAGCUUUCUACUACAGCCUCCGGAAGCUGCCAGCCUCUGAGAGCCAAGCCCCCCCGCCCAGGCCCCCAAAGAGCCAGGGUAUCAAUAAGAAACAGCAGAACAUACAGAGCUGUAAAGAGAGCAGUGUAAAGCCUCAAGUUGUAGAACCGCAGAAAUCCUGCCCGCAGCCUCAACUCAAGGCGAAGACCUUGGAAGCCCUUCCCAAGAACAAAUCAAAUGUGUACAGCAAGAUUUCUGUCCACAAGAAAGACCGCAAACCCAACCCCCAAACACAGAAUUCAGUGCUGAGUAUGAAGCCCAAAACCUCGAGCUCCCUCGGCAAGCACUCUACCAUGGAGUCACAUCUCCUGCCUGACCCGGAUAUGGAUGACCAUGACUAUGAAGAAAUUUGAACACGUUCAGAAAAAAGUCAUCUAAAGUGUAGGGAAGCCACAUUUCCAGUUGCCACCACACAGGACUCGGAUACUAGCUAACUCUUGGAGGACCUAGGGCAAAGUCUCAGGGGACUUAGACUCCAAUGGGCAUGGGACCGAUACUAUCCCUGCCUCUUUGGGUUCCAGGUCGGCUUGUUGCAUGUGACACCCUCAGCCUUAGAGCGUUGGUGUCCAGAGAAGCCAUUCAGGUUCUGGGCCCUCCUAUGCCCAUCAGUUGUCCCACUACUAGGCACAGAGAAGGAUCAAAGGCCACCAGCUUCAGCAUCGCCCUGCCUCUCAGUAAAGAGAACUCAGUUCUGAUUGAACUACCCAAUGUAGGCCACCUCCUUUGUUUGCUCUGCACUUGUGCAGUGCAGGCUCUGUGCCUAGGGGCAGACAGUAUUCUCUUGUUGGUAGAGCCCAGCUCAUGAUCAAUAAUACCCAGUAAAUGGGCUUGUGUGACUGAAUGUAGGGAUCUGCCUCCAAGAAUAAAAUCCUAGGUAGGACACUAGUACUCCAAAUCUGUAAGUGGAACUAAGAGAGCUAAUUUACAAAGGUGGAGGGACUGGAGAGAUGGCUCAGUGGUUAAAAGCACUUUGCUGCUCUUACAGAGGAUCCAAGGUCAGUUCCCAGCACCUACAUCAGGUGGUUCACGACUGCCUAUAACUCCAGCUGCAGGGGAUCCCAUGCCUGCUUCUGGACUCAUGAGCACUCCGUUCAUGUGAACACCAAGCCCCUGCAACCCCCCCACACAGUUAGACACAAUUUAAACAUUUAAAGCUGGGCUUGGUGGUGUACACCUUUAAUCUCUGGAGGCAGAAGCAGGGAGAUAUCUGUGAAUUCCAGGUCAGCCUGAUGUACAUGCUUAUUUAUUAAACAAAAUCAAGAAACUCUGGAGACCCAAAGUUGUGGAAAUCUGGCAGGCCUUGGGUGGUUCUCUGACACUGUUAAAGAAAGCUGUUAGAUGACUGACUACCCAAGAUCACCUUAUGCUAAAGCCUCAGAAUAAAAAUGAUACACACUUCUGUAUGAGUGAAA